GUGGAACGUCGAGGUGAGUUCCAUUCCCUUCAACGUGUUGUCACUCUAUCAUGCUUUAAAUUAAAACCUGGUAUCACCGCAAUUGUCAGUGGUGCACCUAGUUUCGGUGGUUUUCGACCCAGUCUCCACGUCGCUCGAGUUCAAAUGGAGAAUGAUGAAGGACAAAGUUGGCUAGUGGCAGAUAGAGUGGAGAAGCUCUUGAGUGUCUGCUCCCUCGUGAUAACGUUCUCCAUUUCCAGACCCUUUUACACCACCCACAUCUACCUCUCUUACUGAAUAUCUCAAAGAUUCGAUGAUAACUCCCCUUUCUUCGCUUUGAUGAAUAAAAAAUACACCCUCAUAACACUUUUGGAAUAUUCCACUAUAGCAAAUUCAAAACUGAGAAUUGAGGAAAUCGAAACGAAAUUUCAGGACAUCUUAUCACUGAAUAUUCGGAAUUCUGUGGAAAAAUCAAAGAUAAGUGUAAAUCUCCGUUCCACUUUUCCCGGGAAAUGAACAGUAAGCCGAGGAAGUCCGGGUAUCAUGACAAGAUGAAGAAAAAGGGCAGACAGGACAAGCAGGAAUUGGAGACAAAGGAGAAGAAGGUGGACGAUGUUAAUGACGAUGAUGAGCAUAAUCAGGGCUUCAGUGAUUGGUUGCGAUCGGUGGAUGGCAUUGAAAUGAUGAGGCUGUUCGUAAUAGCCAAUUCACUCCUCGUCUUCAUAACAAUAGCCUGGCCAAAUAUGCAGCAGACAUACACCAUCAUCAAGGAGUACAUAAUGGGAGAGGAUGACGAGUGAUUUCUCAAUUACAGAAGCUAUUAUUUUUUCUUUUUUUUUCAAAAAAAGUAUCGAAUUAGUGUUACUGAAAUUGAAACGCUUCA